GUGACCUCAGUGCACCUCGGACCGGAGAGCGGCUUUAACUCUCACCGAGACUCUCCGUGAGUUUCCACUCAGUCCCGUGUCAAAGGCGAGAUCUGUGAUUGUUUUCCGUCGCUCGGACCUUUGGCAGCAGCAUGUCUCUCCCGCAGCUCGGCUAUAAGUACAUCAGACCGCUGUCCUCCACGGAGCGGCACGCGGCGCUCGGUGCACCGGGCUCUCUCUCCAGCGUGCUCUCCUGCGUGUACGGAGCUCCGUUCUCCAGCGCCUUCCUGCCCUACUCCAGCGACCUCUCCAUCCUCAACCAGCUGGGCUCCCAGUACGAGUUUAAAGACAGUCCAGGGAUUCAGCACGCAGGGUUUCCUCACACACCCUUCUACCCGUACGGACACCAGUAUCAGUUUGGGGAUCCGUCCCGACCCAAGAACGCCACCCGCGAGAGCACCAGCACCCUGAAGGCCUGGCUCAGCGAACACCGCAAAAACCCUUACCCCACCAAAGGAGAGAAGAUCAUGCUGGCCAUCAUCACCAAGAUGAGCCUCACCCAGGUGUCCACCUGGUUCGCCAACGCACGCAGAAGACUCAAAAAAGAGAAUAAGAUGACUUGGGUUCCCAAAACGAGAACCGACGAGGAAGGAAAUGUGUACACGAGUGACAACGAGGACGGAGACAAGAGGGACGAGGACGAGGAAAUAGACCUGGAGAACAUAGACACGGAGAACAUCGAAGACAAGCAGGAUUGUGAUUAUCAGGACGAGGAAAAAUCAGCGUCUAAAGUUUCUGAUUCUGAGGAAUAUGAUGACGCAGGAGCUGAGAAGAGUUUUAUCCAUGAUAUCAUGAAAGACAGAAGAGACACAAACCCAGAUGAGGGAGAGGAGGACCAAAUCAAAAAGAGUCACGCGGCACAAGAGCCCUCAGAUAAUGCGAGUCCGCCUCAGAAACCAAAGAUCUGGUCUUUGGCUGAAACCGCGACGGCGCCGGACAGUCCCAAAAAGUCCUCGUGGAUUCAGAGGAACUGUGACGCUCAGACAGCCAGGAAUCCCCUCCAUGUUCAAAACUGGACCAAAAUGGCUUUUUCAGCCCAUCAGAUGGCGUUAACCAGCCAUUACCUCGGACUCAAACCCCAGAGCGCCUCACACAUACACAUGAAGCACGGCGAGCACAGGACUCACAGCCUAUGAAACAAUCACACAUUCAGAGACUCCUCAUGCUUUUUAAACAGUUUUCACCUUCCUCAUGGGAGCUAAACACUUACUAUGAAUCAGAGAAAUGCUCUGAAUUUAUAAUAGAUUAAAGCUGUCUAUUAGCUCUUUGAAUAAUAUGAGAUUAUAUUAGACUAUAUUUUAUAUUUCUGACUUGUAAACAUGCAUUGUGUUUAAUUUGUUAGAAUCAUUUGAUAAAUCAUUUUUUUUUUAAUCUGUAUGAGUAACAGUCUCCUCCUUUAAAAACAAAAAAAACUAAUAAUGAAUCUAAACAAAUAGAUUGUACAAUGACAGGAUUAGUCACUGAGAGAUAUAAUAACUGAUGGAGGAAAUAGUGCCUAUAUGGGAAUCUUUAAAAGUCCUCUAGUUAUGUCUUAAAACACAUACACACUCUCACGGCUUUGUUCGCAUGGAAUAUGAUUUGUGUAAGUGUUGCAUCCACAUCCUUGUCUUAUUUGAGCAUUUAUCCGUUUUAAGGAUUCGCAAUAAUAUUACACCAGAAUGUAUGCUUUAAGAAGCGAUUUUACCAUUAUUAAUUCUCUAUUGAUCAUUUUGUUGUUGUUGUUUUGUUUUCCCAAAUAAUUGUUAUUGUUUGUCCCUUUGAAUUUUAUAUGUCAUGUUUUGUCUGAAUAUUUUAAAUGGGGUAAAACAAAAUAAAUAUUUCAAAUGGUUUUGUAAAUGAGAUGAAAAUGUACCUACUUGAAAUAUCGAACUAUUGUACAAAAACAUUUAUUUUGAAUAUUAAAAUGAAAUCACAAUUGUCAUAACGAA